AUGGCAUACCUGAAAGUGCCCAGGUUUGGGAAGGUCGGCAAGCACUGGACUCAUUCCGGCGACAUCGCAAGAGCGGUUCUGGCGGAAUUCCUGGGCACGGCGCUCUUCAUCUUCGUUGGGGUGGGCGCUUCCAUAUCGACGGGAUCGUCUCCGGAAACCGACGGCGGCACCGUCAUGACCGACGCGCGUAUGGUCGCGCUCGGCAUCGCGUAUGGGCUGACGCUGGUCGCUAUCGUGGCGACUUUCGCCAACAUCUCGGGGGGGCACUUCAACCCGGCCGUCUCGGCGGCGUUCUUCGUGACCGGGAACAUGACCUUCCUCAAGACGGCCGCGUAUAUUAUUGCCCAGCUGGUGGGCUCUAUCCUGGGUGCCGCCUUUCUGAGAGCGGCCAUUCCGGGGUCGCUUCUAGGACACGGCACCGCGCGCGGAGGCGUCACGACACUGGCCCACGGAGUUACCCAAGCCCAGGGCUGGCUAAUGGAGACAAUCAUAACCUUCGCCCUGGUCUUCGUCAUCUUCGGCACUGUGGUGGACAAGGAGAAGGCGAGUCCGCUGGCGCCCAUUCCGGUGGGCUUCAUCGUGGCCGGAAACAUGAUCUGCGCGGUGCGCUUCACCGGCGCCGGAAUGAACCCCGCGCGCAGCUUCGGGCCGUCCGUCGUCUUUGGAGAGUGGGGGAGGCACGGCCAGCACUGGCUCUAUUGGAUAGGUCCGAUUGGGGGCGGCAUCAUCGCCGGGCUGACGUACGAGCUUAUCUUCCUCUGCGCCCCCAAGAAAGGACACGACGAGGAAGAAGACACUACUAAGAAGUACGGACCGUCCGCACGGACCGGGACCCAGGCAGCCACCCAAAGCGUCGACCAGAGCGUCCAGAACCAGCCGUCGCGCACCGCGCGCGCGGCGCGCGCGCCCGAAGUCAAGGUUGCUGUUCCGCCCGCCUCGUCUGCCGCGGUGUAG